GCAGCGCAGAACUCGCCAUCGUCGGCAUCGCUGUUCAUCGGCACUUAGUCCACGAAAAGCGGGGGAGUGCGAUCUUCGUAGCGUGCUGCACGUUCCCAGAGCAUAGCCGGUGUGCGACGAAUUGCAGACCGGAGUUAGAAACAGCCGCCGAUCUGCUAAUUUACGUGGUCAGGUCGCGGCGCCACAGGAUUCACGAACCUUUUUGAUCGAUCUCAACUUCCUGGAAUUAGGAACGUGAAUUUUGUAAGUAUUAUCCUCCAUCCAGAUUUGUAGCUUUGCGUCAGUACUAUUCUUGUUCACGUUCCAAGAGUGAAUUUUGUAGAUCUGCUCCUCCAAUGACGACCUUUAGCAAGGCUAGCAGGUUGUGUGGUGCAGUGACUAUGCAAUCAAAACAGUUGUGGAGUCUACUACUCUCGAGAAUCUUGCCUAAGCUGCUCGGUUUUCCUGGUAUUUUGCUGAAGAAAUUCCGAAAGGAAGGUGUGAUGGAAUUGGAUGCUGCUGCAUUGCCAGAGCUGCCACAGGAUGUGUUGAUGGACAUCUUUGGUACACUUGAGGUCCCUGACCUCAUCCGUGCAGGCUCGGUUUGCUCGUCAUGGCAUGCUACCUACAAAUGCCUGCUCGACCUCAGGCAAUACAAGCAACCCCAGACACCAUGCUUGUUCUACACUUGUGAAUCUGCCGGUAGCAAUGUAGGGUUUCUAUAUAGCCUCAAGGAAAAUAGGUCCUACAAGUUAACUCUACCGGAGCCACCCAUCCGCAGUAGGUUACUGAUCGGGUCCUCCAACGGUUGGUUGAUUACUGCAGAUGAGAGGUCUGAGCUGCACCUUAUGAAUCCCAUAACUGGAGAACAGGUUGCACUUCCCUCUGUGAUUACCAUAGAGCAUGUGAAGCCAAUCUUUGAUGCAUCAGGUACUAUCCAUAUGUACGAGUUGUCAUAUGAGACACCACCAGACCUGUUUGAUCUCGGCGAUCUGCGCGAUGAGCUCUACUUCAAGGCAUUUGUGUUUCCCGAUCCAUCCACCACUGGAAGCUACAUCGUGGUUCUUAUUCACGAGCCAUAUUCACGGCUUUCGUUUGCACGACCGGGAGAUGACAAGUGGACCUGGGUUGGACAAGGUAGCCAAUAUAAAGACUGCACAUAUGUGGAUGGUCUUUUGUAUACAGUGAAUUACUCUGGAGAAAUUGAUGCGUUUGAUUUUACCGCGUCCCCUGUUAAAAUGACAGUAAUUAUGAAAGAGCUGAAGUAUCCUGUAUGUGAAAACAUGUACAUUAUUCAGGCUCCAUGGGGUGAUCUGUUGCAUGUUUGGAGGACUCUUGGCGUUCCACCCAAUGCUCCGCCGUGGGUCCCUGGAAAAUGCUUGUUCGAAACCUUAAAAAUACAAGUGCAUAAAGUGGACUUGGAAGCAAAGCAACGGGUGGAAAUAAACAGGUUGCAGUGUGAUAGUGUUUUAUUUCUUGGCCACAACGAUUCACUUUGCCUUAGUGCUCAAGUACAUCCAGAACUCAAGUCAAAUCAUGCAUACUUCACUGACGAUUUUAAAGAAGUGACUGUUUUAUUUAAAAAUUGCAUACGUGAUAUGGGGGUUAUGGACUUGGAAAAUAGUGUCAACAAGGAAAUUGUCUCUCAAAUUUGGUCCAACUGGCCCUGUCCCACUUGGAUAACACCCAAUCUUAUGAAGUUGAAUCAGGCAUUCAACAGAUAGCUUUUUAGGUAUUAUUGUUUAGUACCUUUGUUUUGUUAUUUUUUUA